AUGAUUGGCAUCGAAUCCUUUAAUAAUUUUCGCGUUCUAUACUUCAAAAAUUUCGCUUAUGAGCUACAAUCCAAUGAUAUUGACACUCUUUUGAAACGUCUCGGCGCUGUCAAUACCCUAGUUUUUCCUUCCUGUAGUCCAAAUGCUAAACAUAGAGCCUUGGCAGAAUUCAAAAGUAGUGAAGACUGCUGGAAGAUUAUUAAAUCUUUGCAUCAGCGCGAACUCUGUGGUGUCCGUUUGGCCAUUGAGUUUGGCAACUAUAACCAUCGCAAUCCCCCUUCUUCUAUGUCAGUUCCUAGUAAUGAGACAACUCCUGAAAGUCAUAAUUUCCCAAGGUGGAUUGAAAAACUCACAACUUUGUCAGAUAAAUGGCUGCCAGGUCAUUCACUACCAGAUGUAUUCUACUCGUACCCCACCGCUACAACUGAAAUUCUCACUAAUAUUGUUAGAUGUUUAGCAUCAGUCCCCGCAUUUUAUGUACAAACUCUUCAUUUGAUGAACCGCCUAAAUCUACCAGCCCCGUUUUGUGAUUCGAAUGAAUUUCCCGGUUCACUGCUUGUUCUAACCAAUGAGGAAGUCAAAAUGUGCGGUGCUAAAGGUAAAGUUGAAGAAAUGGAGGUUUCAAGCGGUUCGGAAAGUGAAAUCAGUGAUGAUUCUAUUGGCGAUCAAGUCAGAAGUCACCCAUCAUCUUUAGAACCAAAAGCCAUUCGUAAACCCUCAAAAUUGAAGUCUGGAAUUCUGAAACUGCAGAAGAGAAGAUUUGACUUCCGUGGUAAAGCUCUAAGGCCCACUCCUGUGGUUGCAUUUAAUUCUGAAAAGAUGUCGAGUUCGCCAAAACCGGAGCUUUCGGAUGAGCCCGUGUUCGAAAAGACCCAGUUGCGUUCCACUCCUCUUAUUAAACUACAAAUUAAUGAUGUCGCUCCUCCAACCAGUAAUAGCCAAAGUGAUGUAGAUGCCCAAACUGAAGGCUUUGGUGUUUUUUCUACAGAAGAAAGGACUUCUAACCCUCAAUCCAUCGCAUCUCCAGUCGAAGACAGAUCCGCAAUAAUUCCAUCAACCAGGUCUGAAGUUGUGGAGAUAAGUAAUGACGACGAUGAUGAUGACGAGUUUCUCAAGAAACCACCUCCCCUUAUGAGGGAAGAGUUGGCUGCUGGAAAAGUGCCCGAUGAUGAACUGAAUUCCAACCCCGUCUUCGCAAAAUCGCCUGGUCCGGGAGCGCCAUCUUCCAGACUCUAUGUAAAAAAUCUUCACAAAAAGACUACUGACGAUGAUCUUUGGCUUGUGUUUGGCUCCUUUCAUCGAGCCUACAGGCGGAGGGCAAAAGAUGGACCGAAUCAGUUCUCAAUACAAAUUCUCACUAGUGGACGCAUGAGGGGUCAAGCAUUCAUUGCUUUGGACUCGAUUGAGGUAGCUACUGAGGCUCUGAAUGCUACUCACGGCUAUGUGCUCAACGGGAAGCCAAUGCACGUUCAAUUUGCUCGUGGAGUUCUCGCCAAGCCCGAUUCUAAUAGUCUCAUAAAUGAACCAAACUGA